UAAUUCUACAAAGUUAUAGAAAAAAUAAAACACAAAUUUCUAUUGUGAUGGAGAAAAUUUCAUUGAAAUCUGCUUUCAUCGUGCUUUUAGCUUUUACUGUGAUAAUAUCGAUAACAGUUCAGAUUAUUGAGGCGAAACAUAUGUUACAUGAAGAAAUUUCUCCAUUUCAUCUGAAAGUUUCACUAGCGCCGGUUAAAAAAUUAGGGUUUGGCUUUUGUAGGCCACCAUGCAAAGAAUUAUGUUUUGCAACAAGUUGUUAUUGUGUAUGUCCUCCUGUUCCAAAACUAUAAAUUAUGAUCUAAAAAAAAAUUAUGGUUCCUAAUAAAAGAAAAAUAUAUUGUUUGGCAAGU